AUGGCGUCAGCACCAGAAGAACCCCUACCUGAAGGAUGGGAAGCCCGCAAAAGUCGAAGCACUGGUAUGACUUAUUACCUAAAUUGCCACACCAAGAAAUCGCAGUGGGAAAGACCUAAUGCACCAGCUCCUCUAGAAGACGAAGAGGAAGACGACGGAAGUUCCCCUACAGAAGUUCAGUGUAGUCAUAUACUAGUGAAACAUUCUGGAAGUCGUCGACCAUCCUCGUGGAGGGAAGAAAAUAUAAUACGCUCGAAAGAAGAAGCAUUAGAUAUUAUACAAGAAUAUCGUCGGAGGAUCAUUAACCGGGAGUCUUUGUUUCAAGAUCUUGCUCGAGAAUACUCCGAUUGUUCAUCAGCAAAACGGGACGGGGAUCUUGGAAGGUUUAAACGUGGCCAGAUGCAGAAACCUUUUGAGGAUGUUGCCUUCUCGCUCAAGAUUGGUCAACUUAGUUAUCCUGUGGAGACAGAUUCAGGCGUUCAUAUUAUCUUACGAACCGCUUAA